GGAGGAGGAGGAGGAGGAGGAGGAGGAGGUGAAGGAGCCGCGCCGAGGCCGGCGGCGAGCGCGGCGGUCCGCAGGCCUGGGCCGCGUCCCUGCGCCCACAUGGCCUCCGGAGUGGGCGCGGCCUUCGAGGAGCUGCCUCCCGACGGCACGUGUGACGAGUGCGAGCCCGACGAGGCCCCGGGCGCCGAAGAGGUGUGUCGCGAAUGCGGCUUCUGCUUCUGCCGCCGCCACGCCGAGGCGCACAGGCAGAAGUUCCUGAGCCAUCACCUGGCCGACUACGUCCAUGGCGCCCAGGCCUGGGCCUCGGGAGCCCCUGGGGAAGGGGACGCGGAGGCCAAGGACGAGCAGGACAAGGAGUUAGAGAGCGAGACGGAGGAAGGCAGUGAGACGGAGGAGGAGAGCGAGUCGGAGGAGGAGGAGGAGGAGGAAGAGGAGGAAGAAGAGGAGAGCGAGGAGGAGAGCGACGAGGAAAUGGAAGACGAACAAGAGAGUGAGGCGGAGGGGGACAACCAGGAGGAGGGGGAGUCGGAGGCGGAGGGGGAAACCGAGGCAGAGAGCGAGUUUGACCCCGAAAUAGAAAUGGAAGCCGAGAGGGUGGCCAAGAGGAAGUGUCCCGACCACGGGCUCGACUUGAGCACGUACUGCCAGGAGGACAGGCGGCUCAUCUGUGUCCUGUGCCCUGUCAUCGGAGCCCACCGGGGCCACCAGCUGUCCACCCUAGAUGAAGCCUUCGAGGAGCUGAGAAGCAAAGACUCAGGUGGACUGAAGGCGGCUAUGAUAGAGUUGGUGGAAAGGUUGAAGUUCAAGAGCUCAGACCCUAAAGUAACUCGGGACCAGAUGAAGGUGUUUAUACAGCAGGAAUUUAAGAAGGUUCAGAAGGUUAUAGCUGAUGAGGAGCAGAAAGCCCUUCAUCUGGUGGACAUCCAAGAAGCAAUGGCCACAGCUCAUGUGACUGAGAUACUGGCAGACAUCCAGUCCCACAUGGAUAGAUUAAUGACUCAGAUGGCCCAAGCCAAGGAGCAACUCAAUACCUCUAAUGAAUCAGCCGAGCCAAAGGCAGAGGGUGACGAGGAAGGAGCCAGUGGUGCCAGUGAAGAAGAGGACACAUGAAGGCUUGCCAUUCCCAGAGGAAACCCAUCCCCGCCCCCGUGUGCAUGUGACAGAGCGUAAUGGCUUCUGAUUUCUGUGAAAGCUGCCCAGCAAUGUACUUCUCACCACUUCUGUCCCCGGAACCACAGCAGGCAUGUUGCUCUUGGAGGGAUGUCAGCUUUGUGCUUGUCAACUGUAUGCUUCUCAUUCUCAUUGUGGUCACUCAAGCAAAAGAGCCCCUUUGAUCAGCUGGGAGCAAUUAACAGGGUCCGUCAGUGCUUUGAAAUGACUUAGGAAAGCCUGCCCCUGCAGUGUUGUAUAGCCAAAUAACUUUAUUAGGCAGGAUUAGGAAUAAUCAUGAACUAAGAAUUUUUCCCUACCUGCUAAUGCUAACAGAAACCCUCCGUGUUGUUCACAGUGAAGCAUGUGGAAGGCAUAGGAGGAGGCACUGCCUCCUAGAGAGAAUCUCUGCAAAGGCAGUUCUGUGUUUGGAAACAUCUGGUACCAGGAAUGCUGCAGAUGGCUUGAAUGACAGGGUUGGAGAAAGAGUUAAACAUUAGAAAGAUACUGAUAUUUUUAGUACAUGGGGUUAUCCAGGACUUCAGAUUCAUAAUUCAGUGCUUUGGAAAUGAAAAAAUGAUUGAAGAGGUGGAAGGGAAAUGACCUUGCGGGGAGUAGGAGGGAGAAGACCAAAGAUUAAAUCUGAUUAAAGGUUGAAAUCAGUAUAUCUGAAUUCCAAUGGCUUGAACUUCGAAAAUAAUCACUGACGGAUCUCUCAGAACUCAAAUUACUUGGGUGAUGUCUACGGGUUUUAUGGGUUUGGUCCAAGAAAGGCUUUUCUUGUGGGAAUUUUUCAUUUUUUUUAAAUUCCCUUUCCCGUGCCCACACCCCCACCUCCACUCCCCGCUCAGUUUAGCCUGAUGUGGCUUACAUGGCAGUGUGGGGAGCGGGGUCAUAGCAGGACAGCUGAGUUCAGUCCUCUCCGAGGGGAAACACACCUUCCUUUCACCCUAUGCAGAGGGAGCCCUGUUCCCCAGCACCUCCUCCACAGACCCUCAGACGGUUUCCCACACCCUGACUCUCACCUCUUAGGUAGCAUGAGCGAGAGUCCUGAGGUUGGACUUCCUGCCUUUCCCAGUUCCAAAUCAGGAUUCCUGCAUUUAAGCUUUUUGCCCUCAAAUAGCCAUGAUGUGCUAAGGGAACAGAAAUAUACAGGCUUGAUCUUCGUGAAACAAACGUUUUGCUUAAUAAAUGGUUUAAAGGCAGGAGAUACACUUUGCUAGGAAACAAACGUGUGGAAUGGAAUGUUCAUACACUGAGAAAGGAGAGCCUAGGAAUGGGUAGUUGGUUCUUCUGUGCUGUUAGUGAUGCUGCUGUGGUGUUCCCCCUGAGUGAGGCACACCAUUGGAGCCUCAGUGAAACAGCCAUGAGGUCACUGCUGAGCCAGGGCCUAGGCCUCUCAGACAGCUAAGGCAGAACCAAAGGAAUCUUUCCACUUCCUGCCUGCUUGUCUGUAGCCUCUUUACCUACCGCAAAGCUUCCAGGUCAGUAGACUGGAAAGCAUACAGGAAGGUUUUUGAGGCAGAAACAAUUGCUUAUUAUAGGAGUCUAAUUGUAUCAUUGUGCAGUCCUAUGCAUGGUACAGAAUAAUAUAUUCCCCUGAGGCUGGGAAGCUACGAAACCCUGUCUGCAAAAACUGUAGAACUGAACAUGCCACUGGUUACAACAGCCAGUCGUAUCCAACAUAACUAACUUAAGAGAAAGUCCAGUGGCCACUCUUGAAAGAGCUUAUAGUAUCAAAAGAUUUUUAAAAAUAUAACUAAAUAACUAGGAUUUGGAAAUUUGUGUUGUCUUUCUACAGUAAUCAUUGCUUUGCAAAUAGUAACCUAGCUUCCUAAUCAUGUAUUGUUACUUUAUAUUAGUAUUUGGAAAAAUCCAAGCAUUUACAUAGUGGCUAACAGCAGAAAUAGAAUGUGUGCCAGCCUGUCUCAAAUUAUUAUAUGUCUGUGAUCCUCAAGGAGAAGAGCACUUUUGCUUUGACUUAGAACGGGUUGCAGAUUUGCUUUAUGGGCUCCUGCUGUCUUCAGCACCUGAUAAAACUUUAACCAGGGAAGCAUUAAAUACAGCGCAGCAGCUUCUGCCCAGGCUCCUAAGUUCCUGCCGGCAGCAUUUAUCAAUGUAAGAACUAGGAUGCUUCCUGCAGCGGCACCGGCUUCCCCUAAAGCUGGAGCAUGCUGCUUGGCCUUAAGCCCCAGCAUGACGAGGCUUCCCUCUUGCCAGGUCAGUAAAAGUUCAGUCUUCAGCAUUGUGUCCUGACUGGCUGCAGGCUUCACGUUUGCAGAAAUCCCAAGAGAGACAGGUAUGAAUAUAACCAGAAUGAAUUAGGUACUCACAGCAAUUCCUGGAUGCCUUCCAAAUGUUGGGUUUCCAGAUGCUAGAAGGAAUUGUCCUUUCAUUUGGUGUCAUUAAACCCAGGUCAGUCCCAAGAAGUACUUGGGAGUCUCAGUUCUGCCAUCCCUAGAAGGAAAUAAACUGUAUGAGGGACCAGCUAUGAGCUAUGUCCUGUGUUAUUCCACACUUAUCUUGUAGAUUGCAAAAAAGCUGCCAGUUCUCUCUAGCUAAAUAGCUAGGAAAAGUUGGAAUCAGAUUUUAAUCCCAACUUACCAUACUUUGGACAUCCUUUUGUGUCAUGCCAGGGAUACCUAACAAUACAGAGCAAGAGAAAUAAACCACUUCAGGUCCCCCACUGCAGUAUGACCAUCCACAUUAGACUCUUAAAAUGACGUUUCAUCACUGUGAUUUCGGAUCACAAAUGGCGUCAAACUGGCCUUAUUCCUCCACGCUAGCAGAUUCUUUAGGUAGACAAGGCUGACUUUGACCUGCCCUAGGAGUGAGUGAACCUUUUCCUUUUUAGUGCCACUCAUAAAUAAGGGACGUCCUGGCCUUUCCAUAGUACAGAACUUUUCAAGAAUGGUAGAAAUGAAGAUUGUUUGCCCUGCUCUAACUUUAUUUGGAAACUUACUUGCUACAGAAAAGGAAAUCUUUACAUAUACUUUUUAGUAAUAUCUUUCCCGUGUCCUCUGUGCUCUGUGAAAUACGGCAAUUCAGAAUCCAGUAAGUUUGAACUGUCCUACUGAUGUCUAGAUGAUGUAGAUCGUGUGUGUGUGUGUGUGUGUGUGUGUGUGUGUGUGUGUGUGUGGUGGGGGUACCUCUUUGUCAAUCAUAAAUGGGCUAUGUAUGUAUAUGUAUAUAUGUGCAUGCUUGCAUGCACACACAUGCACAUUCUAGGAGCUAAAGUACCUCAGAGCAGCCCCUGACUGUCUUGUGUACUACGAAGGUUCCUGCCAGCCUGAUGACACGUGCCACCUUGUCCCUGGAGCUUAGCUGCUUGCUUAUACAAUGCUCAUCAGAAGAGCAUCACCCUGGCAAGCAGGGUGCCAAGGUGACAGCCUUGAAGGAAACUGCACUCCAGCCUUCCUACAAGGUAUCUGGUGAUGUGGGAGAUUUGGAUGCCCAGCUGUUUUGAUGACCUGAGGGUCUUGUCAGCCCUGCCAGGCCUGAGGGUUGCAACUGUAAAAUGCACAACUUUGUAGCAGUGAUAGGACCUGCAAUGGCUUCUCUCCUGAUGGAAUGUAUUCUGCUCAUUGCUGAGAUUCCACCCUUCACUUAAUAGCUGUUCAAUGUGUUCUUUUCAAUAAGUGAGUCAGUUACAGUUUACUGUCUGUCAAACACAUCCACCUUUUUCUGCUUUGGAAAAAGUUUUGUUGCACAUCUGGACAAGUCUAGUCCAACCCUAAGAGCAGAAGGCGUCCCAAGGGGGAGACUUGGGAUCUCUUUGAUACUUCCCUUUCCAGCUGUGUGUUUGAAGCCCGCAGCCCAGCCCGUUCCCAGAGCCAUGAUAGAGAACCUGCUACUGGGGCCCUGGUGGGUAAGACACUAUAGUUUGGAAGCACACCAGAAAUAGCAGGACCAAGGUCAGAACAGGAAAAUGAAAAUACACCGAGAUACUUGAGACUACAAUGGAAAGGAAAAAAAUAAAAUAAAGCUACAGAGCCCAGGCUGGACUGAGCACUAUCUUGAAGACACAGCACAGCAGAUCCAUACAUGAUGAGUUAAACCUGACUGGUCGUUCUACAGUGACAGGCUGCAGUGCAUGAGUCGGGAGAAGCAACAAAUCCAUUGUCCGCUGCCUCUUUUCUGUGCACAGUCAUUCCCUCCUUAGUCAUCUUCCCCUUCCACCAUUUACAUUAAACAAGGGAACACUCAAUCUUUCAAGGGAAUUACAUGUUGAGUUAAUGUUUCAGUAUAUCAUUUUCAUACUGUAAAUUAUUUUGUAAGAGAUUUACUGCUAUCCCAGGAUGUUCGGACUUGGCACCCCUGUGCAUUUGGAAAUCAAUAAACUAUUACUGGAAAUAC